UUGCAUUGUUAAGUGUCAAAACAUAUUUUGUUGACGUAUUUCAUUGGUCAAGAGGACAUUGUUGACCACUUGAAUCGUUAUUUGUUUUCAUAAAAUAAUUAAAAAACCAUCUCCAUUAUGUCACUGACAUUUCUAAUUGGUUGUGCUACGGCAAUUCUUGUGAUACUCCUCACACUGCUUUAUUUGCAAAAGAAACGACAACCCCAAGAAGAAAAACCACAACAACAACAGCAGCGUGGAGUGCCCCAGCGUGCCCAGGAAGGAGUACCAAGAAGAGCUCAAAUUGUACGCAAUCAACGUAAUCGUUUGCGACAAAAUGCCGCAGCACCUGCCGCUGCUCAGGAUAAUGCUGCCGCGCAGAACAAUGACAGUGAUGAUGACGGAGAUCAGGGAGAUAUUCCACAAGGUGCCGUUCUGGAUGAGAAAAUGGGAGCAAAGAAACGUGCAAAAAUGGAAGCCAAGGAAGCAAAACGUUUGAUGCGCGAACAAGAAAUGAAACUACGCGAAGAGAAGAAGGCAAAGGAUGCCAAAUUGGAGGAGGAACGUAAAAAGGUAGAAGAGCUCGAAGCUGAAGCAGAACGCAAAAAGGAGGAAGCUGAACGUCUGGCUCGUGAGGAACAGGAGCGUCGUGAACACGAAGAAUAUCUGAAAAUGAAAGCAGCCUUUAGCGUGGAAGAGGAAGGUUUCGAAGAAGACGAUGAGGAAAAGGAAAACCUCUUGGCCGAUUUCAUUAAAUACAUUAAGGACAACAAGGUGGUGGUCUUAGAAGAUCUGGCCACAGAAUUCAAACUGAAAACCCAACAAACUAUUGAACGUAUACAAGAACUGCAGGGCAAUGGCACCAUCACUGGUGUAAUUGAUGAUCGCGGCAAAUUUAUUUACAUCUCCGAAGAAGAACUCGAAUCUGUGGCCAAAUUCAUAAGGCAGCGGGGUAGAGUUUCCAUCCAAGAAUUGGCCGAAUGUAGUAAUAAAUUGAUCAAUUUAACACCUGUGGCCACCAGUUAAGCUGGUCGCCGUGACUUCCAAUUCAUAAGGUAAUAAUGUAAAAUAUAAAAAAAAACGUAAUAGUUUGUAUGGAUAGUUAAUGUUUUGGUUUUAUUACAGUUGUUAUAUAAAAAAUAUAUAUCUAUAUAUUUAAAACAAA